AUGUCGCUGCUUGGCAAACCGCCGCGAUACUCGUCGCCACCCGCCGUUAGCCGCGGCUGCCUCAGCAAGAGAGUUCGGCGCAACAUAAUAAUCGCCCUCUGCGCUGUUGCUGGCUUCAGCCUCGCCACAAGAUGCAUGCGCCCCGGUACCACAUGGGAGCAACCCUUCAUCCCCCUCUGGCCUGAUGUCCACGAGCCAUAUCGCAUCGUCACCACCAGCGACUUCCGCCCCGUCUCCAUGUCACCACACAACAAGACCAUGCAGGAACUCUGCGAGAGCUUCCCCAACCACAUCCUCCAAACUAUUCAGCCAGUCCUCAAGACGGGUCACACCGAUGACCCCAACCGCAUGCCUGGGCAGUUUGACGGCGCCAGCGCCUGCUUCAAACCCGGCGAGCUGCUCGUCUUCUCCGAUGCCCCGGGCAAUAUGUCGGGUCAUGAGGUUAUCGAUAUUCUCGGCCUCCUGCCCGACACCUACCACAGCUUCCCCGAGUUCAAGCCUUACCUUGAACAGCGUCGCAUGCUCGAGAAUGGCUCCGCCAAGGAGCACCCCGAGAUGCUCAAGACCAUCGACGGCUGGAAGCUCGACCGAUUCAAGUUCGUCCCAGCCGUUGAACAAGCCUGGUUGAUGAAGCCGGAUCGCGACUUUUAUGUCUUUUACGAGUCAGAUACAUUCCUCAAAACACUUGAUCCCGGCGUACCCCUCUACAUGGGAUCUUCUACCCCGGGACGACGCGAUAACGUCCACUACGGCACCACAUUCGCCAAUGGUGGUCCUGGCUACGUCCUCAGUCGUGCCGCUGUCAAAAAGUUGCUUCACCGUGAAACCGAUCGGGCUGGCCAUCUCAUCGGCCCUUCAUUUACCGAAAAAUGGCGGUAUCUCGUCAACGACGACGAGCCCUGCGGCGAUAACAUUUUGGGCUACAUCUUGUGGCUGUCCGGUAUCGAGAUGCAAGCUCUGUAUCCUAUGUUUACUCAGCACGUCUUCCACACGGUGCCCUUUGAUUCUAUGCGCUGGUGCUCUCCCAUAUUUACCUUCCACAAGCCGUCACCUGAGCAAAUGCGCGGCCUGGCUCGCUGGGAGUAUGGGGCGCGAGAAAACUCGCAUCCCGCAAGAUACGCUGAUGUCUGGGACUUUUACAAGCCCGGAUCAGAACAUAUGCGCGAUAACUGGAGAAAUAACGACGUUCUCUGCCGCAAAGCCUCGUCUUCCAGCAUAACGUCUGCGGAAGCAUGUGAAGCGCACUGCCGCUCUCUACCCGAGUGUCUGCAGUGGACGUGGCGGGGAAACCCGACUCGCGAAUGCUUCGUUGGCGAGGACGUCUUCUACUACGGCGAGACAUGCUCUGACUCCACGGCGGGUUGGCUCACAGACCGCAUCAAGGAGUGGAAGGACAAGCACGAGUGCGAGGACACAUUUUGGCACGGCCCAAGCCGUACAAGAGUUUAUAUCCCUGGCUAA